AUGAAGAACGAAGAGAGAAGGAGCUCCAACGACUCAAGCGUGAAGAGCAAAAGUAGCGGCAAGCCGACCACCCCAAGUUCUGAGAAGAAAAAAAGUGCCGGCAGCGGUGGAAGUAGUUGGAAUAACUACGGUGAAGCGGCUCACAGCCGCGCGGAGAGCGUCUCCAAGAAGAAAAGCGAGAAAGGCGGCCAGAAGAGCACCGACCAGGGAGGAAACACGAAUGUCAGCCACGGAAGCGAAAAGAACCAUGAUCAGGGGAAGAGUAAAAGCUACUCCUCCAAUAGCACAUCCAAAAAUUACAAAUCGAAGACCAACGAGAAAAGGGAAGACCUUAAAAAUGUUAAAAGUUCUAAAAGCAGCACAAGCGAGUCGUUGAAGCAUACGAGUUCUAAUUCGAGGGAAAGCGUCAAAUCGAAUAAGAGCAAGAGUGAAAAGGGAGGAAGUUGCAGUGUUGGAGGUGGCACAGAGGACGGCAAAAAGGAUAAAUCCUCUCAUUCCAGCGGUGAUAAAAAAAAGAAACAUCCCUCGAACGACGAGAACGAAGUUAAAAUGAAGGAUAAAUUAAUUUCUAAAAAUAGCAAAUCCAAAAAUGUGAACAGUAACAGUGGCACCUGCAUCAAUCAUAGCAGCAGCACUUCUAACAAAGGUGGUGAUGAGAAGAGCAAAAUGAGCGUUCAUUCAUCCGUCGCGAAGGAGGGCAUAAAAAGUCAGGCCAUCGCCGGCAGCAAGAGCGGCUCAGCAAAGAAUGGCUCAUCCAAGGGAGGUUCCUCCAAAAGUGACCCCUCGAAGAGCGGAUCAGCAAAGAAUGACGCUUCGAAGAGCACCCCGUCAAAAAGUGGCUCCUCAAAAAAUGAGCCAUCAAAAAGUGCCCCCCCCAAAAGUAGCUCCUCCAAGAGUGGACCCCCCAAAAAUGAGCCUUCCAAAGGUGGCGGUUCGAAGAAUUCCCUUUCGAGGAAUGAUUCCAUAAAAAGCAGCUCGUCCAAGAACACCGUGUCUAAGAAUGAAGGGCUUAGAAGUAGCUCAACAAAAAGCCUUUCCAAGAACGCUAGUCAGGAAACCCUAAAGAGCGAGAGUGUUAAGAAGGAGAAAAAAGCUCCAACGGCAUCGUCGCCAUCCAACAGCAAAGCAGCCCAAAAGAGCAGCGAAGAUGUGGGCGAGUUGAUGAGUACCAACACAGCUAGUUCGAAGGAGGAGGGCUCCAGGGCGAGUCGAAGCGUCGCACAAACCAAGAAAAAGGUAAAAUCGGAAAAGUCCGAAAAAGCAGACAAUGAGAAGAGCACCAACAGCGUCAGCGAAAGCGACAGUGAGACGCCUGAGCAGAGAAGCUCGAAGAAGAAAAGCGGCUCAGUCAGCAGGGAAAAGGACACUGUGAAGAAUAACCUCUCCAAAGGAAGCAAAUCGGGAGCAGCUGAAACGGCAAAUAAGAAGGAUAUCUCGAAGAAGGGUUCCUCGGAUCAGAAGAAAAAGGAGGACAACAAUAAGAGCAGCUCGAAAAAGGAUCGUCUAGGAGACUCGAAAUCGAGUAAGAGCAAGAGCAGCACGAAGAGCAGCAGCAGGGAUAGAAGUAAAAGUGCGAAGGGUAAAGAAGAGGAGGAAGCCACCGAGGAGGGGGAGAGCGAAAUGGAUGAUGCUGAGAAUGAUGAGAAAGGAGACAGCCAAAUGGAUGAAACGGAGAAUGAUGAUGAUAUGGAGGAGGAUCAGGAGGAAGAAGAAGACGAGGAUGAUAAGGGUGAUGGGGGUGACGAGGAUGACGUGGGUGAGCAGGAUGACGACACCGACCUGGAUGAGUCCCAGGAAAAUGACGACGACGAAGAGUACAUAGAGAAUGACUCGAAGAGACGGUCAUCUUCGUCAUCCAGGCAGGUCGCCAAGGAGAGCGUGACGAAGAAGAAGAAAAAGAGAAGCUCCUUGAGCCUCAAAAAGAGGAAGAGGUAUCCCAAGGAAAGCCAGCAAGAUGGCA